AUGGAAGAGGAGAGGUUGCAGAGGCUGCAGAAUUCUGCCGCGGAAGGAAAUGUGGAUACUUUAUUUUCAAUACUUGCGGAGGAUCCAAAUGUUUUGGAGCUUAUUAAUCGAAUACCAUUUGUGACUACUCCCUUACACACUGCUGCAAGCUGCGGAAAGGUCCAUUUCUCCAGGGAAAUAGUGAACUUAAAGCCAUCAUUUGCUUCGAAGCGAGACCGUCUUGGCCGUAGCCCUCUUCAUUUCGCUUUGGAGGGGAAGAAGCUGCAGCAACGGCGUAGUCCUCGUGAUUUGGAUUUGGAGGAGAAUUACCAGGAGCUUGUCCUUGUUACAGCAAAGGGGUGGGUUACUCCUUUGCACUACGCAGCUGAAAUAGACGAUGAAUCCAGUUUGGCUGACUUUUUGUAUGUUUGUCCAUCAUCUAUCCAAAAAACGACAGUUAAAUGGGAAAAUGCCGUCCAUGUGGCCCUCAAAAACGGAAGUUUGAGAGCUUUUAAAGUGUUGAUAGGAUGGCUUCGACGCUUCGACAGAGAACCAAUACUGUACUCGGAGGACGAAGAUGGCAACAAUGCGUUGCAUACCGCAAUAUCUGAAAAUCAACCUGAGGCGGUGAAGCUGUUGAUCAAAUAUAUGGAAGUAAAUAGGAAGAACGGUAGAGGUUUGACAGCUCUGGACAUCUUCUACGAUCGCCAAGGUUCGCUGAAUCCAGAGGUUGGGGAAAUUCUACGUGGUGCUAAAGCUAAAAGAGCAUCUCAACUCCAUCCUCAGCAUAAACCUCCAAAAUCGCUUGUCGACUACUUUCGUGGUGACUUAUCAUUUGGCGAAAGCAUUCUGAAAAGAUUAGGGCUUCGUGACCAAAUCAUAAAAACAAUUCCUCUUAAAGUCCGAAACGUAAUACUUGUGGUGGCUCUAUUGAUGACCACAGCUACCUAUGAAACUGCACCGAGCCCCCCCAGAGAAUUAUACCAAGGUGUAUCCAAAGGUGUCGGCAAUCUGCAGCCUGCCAACAACAGUACUGCUAUCAGUAACACCACCACCACCACCAUCUUUCGUAAAGGGCCAUCAAAACAAUGGGAAUUUACGAACGCAGAGUAUACUUUUCUUAUGUUUCUGCUUGCAAUAAGUGCACUUGCUGCAUAUUGUAUUCCAGUACUCAUGAAAGGGCAAGAAGACGAGCUGACAAUUCAAGGCUGGCAGAGGAAAUUAAGUCUGGGAAGCUUCAAAGUUCAAACAACUAAGAUAUGA